CACGGACCGGAAGUGUGGUUUAAACGUCGCAGUCGUUGUGUGCUUGUUUAAUACAUUUAUAAACUUUUCUGUUUAUUUUAUUACUACCUUAUCGUCCACAAAAAUGGGGAAACGGCAGCAUCAAAAGGAUAAGAUGUACAUCACUUGUGCAGAAUACACUCAGUUUUAUGGAGGGAAGAAAUCAGAAAUCCCUCAAUCCAAUUUCAGACGACUGCCCUUUGAUCAUUGCGGUUUGUCACUUCAGCCCUUCGAGUAUCCUAUGUGCACAGAGGAUGGGGUGAUCUUUGACCUAAUGAGUAUAGUGCCUUGGAUUAAGAAGUUUGGUACCAACCCAGUAACUGGAGAGAAGCUUGAAGCCAAAUCCCUCAUCAAGCUUAACAUUAGCAAAAACAGUGAAGGGAAGUACCACUGUCCUGUGCUGUACACCGUGUUCACAAAUAACUCCCACAUUGUUGCCAACAAAGUCACAGGCAAUGUUUUCUCAUAUGAGGCAGUGGAUCAGCUGAACAUAAAGACAAAGUGUUAUAAAGAUUUGUUGACGGAUGAGCCCUUCACACGCCAGGAUCUCAUCACAGUACAGGAUCCUACAAAUCUAGACAAAUUUAAUGUCUCCAACUUCUUCCAUGUGAAAAACAAUAUGAAAGUCCUUGACCCUGAUGAAGAGAAAGCCAAACAGGACCCAGCUUACCAUCUGAAAAGCACCAACCUGGAGACGCGUGAAACACUGGCAGAGCUCUAUAGAGACUAUAAAGGAGACGAGCUGUUGGCAUCCACUAUGAAAGAGCCAGCGACCAAAAAAACAGACAAACUCAAUGCUGCUCACUAUUCCACUGGAAGAGUCUCUGCCUCCUUCACAUCCACAGCUAUGGCUCCAGCCACAAUCCAUGAAGCAGAUGCUAUUGCUGAUGAUACAGUUCGCUACCAGUAUAUUAAGAAGAAAGGAUACGUUCGUCUGCAGACAAACAAAGGAGACCUGAAUCUGGAGUUACACUGUGAUAAGGUACCCAAGGCUAGUGAAAACUUCACUAAACUAUGCAAGAAAGGGUAUUAUGAUGGCACAGUAUUCCACCGCUCAAUUCGAAAUUUCAUGAUUCAAGGAGGAGACCCUACAGGAACUGGUACAGGCGGUGAGUCUUGUUGGGGGAAGCCAUUUAAGGAUGAGUUCAGGCCCAAUCUUUCCCAUACUGGUCGCGGUAUUCUGAGCAUGGCUAACUCAGGACCAAACACAAAUAAAUCCCAGUUCUUUAUCACAUUUCGCUCGUGCGCAUACCUGGACAGGAAGCACACUGUAUUUGGAAGAGUGGUUGGUGGUUUUGAGACUCUCACAGCAAUGGAGAACAUCGAAAGUGAUCCUAAGACAGAUAAACCCAAGUCAGAGAUAAAGGUGCUGAGCGCUACGGUAUUUGUGGACCCCUACGAGGAAGCAGAUGCACAGAUUGCGGCCGAGCGAGAGCAGGAAGUAAAGAAACAAGAGGAAGAGAAAGCGCAAACUUCUGGUUCAGUCACCAAGACAAAAACAGAAUCGCAGCCUAAAACCUUCAGACCAGGAGUGGGUAAAUACAUCAACAUGUCUGCCAAGCAUUUGGAUGUAGGCCAAAAUGCUCCUGGUAACCAGCUGUCAACCUUGGUCACAAGAGCUGGGACAGGAGUGAAUCGGCUUUACUUUUCCACUGCAGAUGACCUGAGUACAGAGCUUCGAGCCUAAUAAAGACUGUUAAAGCCACAGCGACUGUCUGCACUCUUCUAAGAGGAGUGUCUAAACAGCAAGAGCUGAAGGGAAACUAGUAAUUUUAUCGGGGCAUUGACACAAUGAGAGGCCCCCAACUGUGUCGUUUUACAUUGUGGGACAAGUAAAUCUGGCUAUAGCUACAAUGGCAUAAUGCAUAAUGCACAUGGGAAUGAGAGGGGUAAUGGCUGCAUAUUUAGGUAAAAGAGAAUGCAUAUGAGCCAGACCAACAAGAUUUAAUUAGAGACCUGCGUCUAUUAUUAUGUCAUAAUGACAAAAGCUGUGUGCUGUUGUCAUGGGAAACGUGGAGUGAAAAUAAGCAAACAACUGCUCAUUAUUGUAUAAGAGUUAUUAUAAUUAAACCUUAGCCAAUUGCUAUGUGUCCAAUAUAAUGUUUUAUGUAAGCUCUUGGUUUACCAUUAAUGUCUAAAAUGUAUACACAAUAUAAGUUUCAGAAUUUCCCAUCAAACAUAAUUAAUUCCUAGUUAGAUUUUAAAUCUUUCUUUAAGGUUUUGACAUGGCCAAAGGAUAUUAUGGUAAACGUUGCUUGGUUUUCAACUACUGUAACCAUGCACAAGGGAUCACUAGGAUCUGACAAUUCACUCAUAUUUACUAUGGGACUUAUUUCUCUUUUUAAGAAAUUAAUUAACCCUUUUUUUAAGGAUUUGACUUA